AUGUUCUCAAGCAGAUUAUUCAGACCUGCGCAGCAGCUAUCAAGUCAUGUCCGCCGCUACGCAAACGCCCCUCCCUCAAGCGGCAGCAACAACACCCUCCUCUACGGUGGUCUUGGCGCCGUAGCUAUAGGUGGAGGUGCAUACUACGCCUUCUCCAGGUCCCCCCAAACAGCCUCUACCCCGAAAGCCGGCGAACACGGCGCCCAGAAUGAAUCCUCCGCCCACGGUCAACCCGCCAGCAAGAACGAGGAGAAGAACAUCCCUGCCAAGACUGGAGGCGACAUCGCGCCCUUGAAAUGCUUCAAGGGCGGUGAUCAGGGAUUCGUCAGUCUGGUGUUGGACAAAGUCGAGGACGUGAGCGGGAACACCAAGCGCUUCCGGUUUAAGCUUGACGAUGAGGAUGCUGUCAGUGGAUUGCCAGUGGCGAGUGCUUUGAUUACCAAGUACAAGGGCCCUGAGAUGGAGAAGCCGGUUAUUCGACCCUACACCCCUAUCUCCGACGAAGAUGCCAAGGGCUACCUGGACUUUGUCGUCAAGAAGUAUCCCGGCGGUCCCAUGAGCACGCACAUGCACGAUAUGACCGUCGGCCAGAGCUUAGAUUUCAAGGGCCCGAUCCCCAAAUACAAGUGGGAGGCUAAUAAGCAUGAGCAUGUUGCUUUGAUUGCGGGUGGAACGGGUAUCACUCCUAUGUGGCAGGUGGCGAGGCAGAUUUUCAAGAACCCGGAGGAUAAGACGAAGGUGACUUUGAUCUUUGGUAAUCAGAAGGAGGAGGACAUAUUACUCAAGAAAGAAUGGGCGGAUCUGGAGCAGCAGUAUCCUCAGCGGUUCCGCGCUUUCUACGUUCUUGAGCAUCCGCCUGAGAAUUGGCAGAGUGGGAAGGGCUACAUAACAAAAGACCUCCUCAAAACCGUGCUCCCAGGUCCCAAAGAUGCCAACGUCAAGGUCUUCGUCUGUGGUCCGCCCGGCAUGUAUAAAGCUAUUGCGGGAGCGAAGAAGUCCCCCGCUGAGCAAGGGGAGUUGACGGGACAGUUGGCUGAGUUGGGGUAUACUUCGGAGCAGGUGUAUAAGUUCUAG